AAAUUAAAGACCAUUCCCGAAUAUGGAUAAUGUGCAAAUUGCCCGGCCGAAUGCGGUUCAAUCCGGCCCACGAAGAUUUCCUUUUCGACGAGUCGACCGUAGCAUUUCUACUACAUUGGGCAAUUCGAUUGAACUCUCUACACUUCCCCUCGUCUUGACCUUAUUUCUUUCUCCAGUGUACUCCCCACGAUCUCUUCCUCCAGCGACAUCAGCUUUGAAGAACGCUAUUGGUGAUCUACAGGAGCAAAGCUGACUUUGUUUGGGUUGCUGAGCAGUUCAAUGGGCACUAUUCUGAAUCAUCCUUAUAUCUAGGGAUAGUUGUAACGUAAAACAGUCAAAAUAAGAAGUUCCUGUAAUUUGUAACUUGCUAUAUUUAUUUGAUCUGUGCUAAGAAGUAUGAUGACCUGAAAUGGAUUGAGGCCUUCCAAAUCUCUUCUUUCCCUCUUGAAUUUAGAAAUUUGUAAAUGUUCAUUGGUACUAGUUUUAGAAAGAAUUUGGCAUCUUUAACUUGUGUUGUUUGAUUGACUGAUCUUUGAGAAAUUCUCUUACUACUUCAUCAAUGGAGAGCUUAGCGCACCUUGAAGCAUUGUGUGAGAGGCUUUACAAUUCACAGGAUUCUGCUGAGCGAGCUCAUGCAGAGAAUUCACUGAAAUGCUUCUCAGUAAAUAGCAGCUAUAUUUCACAAUGUCAGUACAUUCUGGACAAUGCAUCAACUCCUUAUGCAUUGAUGCUGGCUAGUUCAAGCUUGUUGAAGCAAGUGACAGAACAGCGCCUAUCUUUGCAGAUCCGGCUUGAUAUUCGCAACUAUCUCAUAAAUUACCUGGCAACAAGAGGAAUUGACUUGGAGCCUUUUGUAACUGCAUCUUUAAUUCAACUGUUUUGCCGAGUUACGAAGUAUGGAUGGUUUGAGGAUGACAUAUUUAGAGAGGUGGUCAAAGAAUCCACAAGCAUUCUGAAUCAGACAGCAUCUCGUUAUGCAAUUGGUUUGAAGAUAUUGAAUCAACUUGUGUCAGAGAUGAAUCAGGCCAGUCCUGAAUUUCCAUCCGCACAGCACCGUAGGGUGGCUUGCUCGUUCAGAGAUCAGUCGCUUCUUCAAGUAUUCCAAAUAUCACUGACAUCAAUGGCCCAACUGAAAAUUGAUGGUAAUACUCCAUCAGUAACCGUUUCUGAGAAUGCGGCUAGCAGCAAACUACAAGAACUGGCUCUUGCUCUGUCCCUAAAAUGUUUGUCAUUCGACUUUAUGGGAACGACGGUUGAUGAAUGUUCGGACGAUUUUAGCACUAUUCAGAUCCCAUCUUCAUGGAAGCAAGUCCUGGAAGAUCAAUCGACGGUGCAGAUCUUUUUUGACUAUUAUGAAAUCAAUAAGCCUAACAUAUCGAAGGAGGCUUUAGAGUGUUUAGUCCGGCUGGCUUCAGUGAGGAGAUCGCUGUUUACAAAUGACACUUCUAGAGUGAAAUACUUGGCACACCUGAUGACAGGAACCAAGGACAUUAUGCAAACUGGGAAAGGUCUGGCUCAUCAUGAUAAUUACCAUGAGUUUUGUCGGCUUCUUGGACGUUUUAAAGUCAAUUAUCAGUUAUCGGAGCUUGUCAAUGUGGAAAGUUAUGGGGAGUGGAUACGUCUGGUUGCCGGAUUUACUUUGAGAUCUUUGCAGUCUUGGCAGUGGGCUAGCAGCAGUGUUUACUACCUUCUUGGACUGUGGUCCAGAUUGGUUUCAUCGGUGCCAUAUUUGAAGGGAGAUACACCAAGCCUACUUAGUGAAUUUGUGCCAGAGAUCGUCAAAAGUUUUAUCACAUCUAGAUUUGGUUCCUUUCAGGGCGAAGUCUCUGAUCUCUCAGAGAACCCCCUUGACAAUGUUGACCUUCUUCAAGAUCAGCUCGAUUGCCUUCCUUAUCUUUGCAGAUUUCAGUACGAGAGUUGUAGCUCAUACAUUACACAGAUUACUGAUCCUCUGCUGCAGAUGUAUAUGGAAUCUGCUGAUCCCCAGGUUCUUACAGUGGUGGAAACAAAAUAUGCUUGGAUAGUUCACAUAAUUGCAGCUAUUGUUAAGACUAAGCAACUUAGUGGAUAUAGCGGCGAAUCUCAAGAAAUCCAUGAUGCGGAACUUUCUGCACGUGUACUGCGGCUGAUAAAUGUUACUGAUAGUGGUUUACGCAGUCAGAGAUAUGCAGAAACGAGCAAACAGCGCCUUGAUCUAGCUAUUCUUGUAUUCUUCCAGAACUUCAGAAAGUCGUAUGUUGGAGAUCAGGCAAUACAUUCAUCUAAGCAACUAUAUGCUAGAUUGGCUGAGCUUCUUGGGCUCCAUGAUCAUAUGCUUAUAUUGAAUGUCAUUGUUGGGAAGAUAGCAGCCAAUCUUAAGUUUUACGGAGAGAGUGAGGAAGUCAUCAGUCAGACAUUAAAUCUCAUGUUGGAAAUGGCAUCUGGAUAUAUGACUGCAAAACUUCUUGUAAAGUUGGAUACAACUCAAUUAAUAAUCUCCCAUCGGAAUAGGGAAGAAUUCCCAUUUUUGGGGGACUACAGGUGCUCUCGUAGUAGAACUACCUUCUACUACAUUAUUGGCUUGUUGAUCUUUAUGGAAGAUAGCUUUUUGAAAUUUAAAGCAUCAAUGGAUCCACUUUUGCAGGUCUUGCUGAGUUUGGAAUUGAUAUCGGAUGCCCUGUUUCGCACUGAUGAUGUUAAACAAGCAUUCAUUGGGUUGAUGAGGGAUCUCAGAGGAAUUGCUAUGGCUACAAGUAGCCGAAGGACAUACGGUUUCCUAUUUGAUUGGUUAUAUCCAUCGCACAUUCCUCUUCUUCUUAAGGCUAUAACAAUAUGGGCAGACACUCCAGAGGUGACAACACCGCUACUUAAAUUCGUAGCUGAGUUUGUGCUGAACAAGUCCCAACGACUGAAUUUUGAAACCUCAUCUCCCAAUGGCAUUCUUCUUUUUCGAGAACUUAGCAAAUUGAUUGUUGCAUAUGGAUCCAGAGUUCUCUCUCGGCCUAAUCACGUGGAUAUGUAUCAGUUGAAAUACAAGGGUAUUUGGAUUUCCUUGACUAUUCUCUCAAGAGCACUUGCUGGUAACUAUGUCAACUUUGGGGUGUUUGAGAUUUAUGGCGACAGAGCGCUUGCAGAUGCUUUUGACAUUGCUAUGAGGAUGGCACUAUCUAUUCCUUUGGCAGAUAUACUCGCAUACCGAAAGGUGUAAAGUGUGGUCUGUUGUGGCGAGUGGUCUGCAUCCACUCAGCUAAGAAAACAUACUGUGGGCGAGUGGUCUACAUCCACUCAGCUAAGAAAACAUACUUAGAAGUAACACUGUUACAACACGGGAAAAUAUACAGACUACUGACACGUUUGAGAAGUCAACAUUGUGGUGGGAAGAAAUAGUGCUGUUUUCUUUUGGCAUUAUGUUUUAUCUGAAAUUUUAGGCAAUUUUGGUUCCGACAUUGAUGCUAGCAUAUGAAAAAUGCUGUAGCUUGAUUAUAAUAUUUUUAUCAAGAUAUACAUCUUUAAAUAUGGAUUUGAUAGGAGCCCAUGAUAGUUUUAUGUGUGUUUGGAGCGCCAUUUGUAUUCCUAUAGUUGGAUGAGAUUUCAGGCGUUAUCGAGUCUUGAAAAUAAAAGAUAGAAUAAAUUCAAGAAAGUGUUUCUUGAAUUCAAGAUGGAUCAAGAAAUUCAAGAAAAUGAUAUCAAGAAUUUCGAGACAAGUCUAUCCUCGGAAUUAGUUCCUAACAAGAACAGUUAGUUAGCAAAAUACUAAUCGCCUUUGGUGGAGAAUUAAUCUACGAAAAUAGAUUAUAGAACCCGACCCCUUUUAGAGUAACAAAGAACAACAAUAAGCCUAAACUUCUCGCCUUUCUUGAAUACCUAAAGUAACCUAAGUUUUCAAGGGAAUUAAACUUACCACCUUGAAGUUGAUUCUUAAAGGUUGAAUAAAUCUAAGAGUAUCCACAUUCAGGAGUUGAAGGAAAAGUCCUCUCAAUAUUAUUGAUAAUAAUCUGAGGUUGGUCUAAAAAUAACAAAGAAAUCACCCCUAUAUAUAGGGUCUAAGCGGUGUCCAACCUUAAUAUAAACAAUCAAGGAAUUAGAAUCCUAAUCUACUUUGGAUAAGCAAAUCCAAUAUCUUUACGAGAAGGAAAUCCAACAUCAUUAGGGAGAGGAAAAGUAUUAAUAACUACCUAGGGAAAGAAAUAAGGAAAGUAUUUAAAAGUGUGCCCAUUACAUUCCAUGACUAACUAGGAAAUAAAUAAGGAAACUUUGACUAACCCUAAAAUUAAAAAAAAUUGGAAUCUAGACGACGCUUGCAAACAACUUGGAUAGCAGUUCCUCUUAAUGAUUUGCAGGCCUAUUUAGGCCUUAUUGGGGAGCAAGGAAGCCCAUUUUAAAGGCUGAAAUGUGGCGCAAGCGGAGCUUCUUAGUGUGCAAGUUGAUUUGGACCUCCUUCAAGGGCCGGUUGUUGAUCCCAAUCUACCUCGAUUUUGGCCCAUAAAAUAAAUAUAACACUUGGCCAAACAAUUCUCUUUGGCUGGAGCUCUUCCUCCAAAACUAGACACUUCUUUCUUUAGCCCAAUGAGCUUGUUCUGAAGUUUCUUUAUUGAAAUCUUGCCAUAGGCUUCUAAAAGUUUCCAAAGCUUCAUCCAAGUCUUUUAAUGGAGUGAUGCUUCUAUAGAUGCUAUUAAUUCCAUUAUAAAAAUAUAACAACUUCC